AUCAAUCCAAUGAUUUGUCUACAUCAAGUGUGAAUGAAGAUAAUAGCUGCAGAGAUAAUAGCUGCAUAUUCGAAUCUUUAUGUGAACAUGACAUUGAAGAGAGAUUGUCAAUUAUUUCAAGCGGUAAUUAUUCAGCAACAGACGAUGAAGAUAAUAAAAACGAAUUUUUAAACGAUGACAAUGAAGAUUUACGUAGCAUAGCAUCAGUGAACUCAGAGCACAUAGACAUCGAUGACACUUUUAUUCUUCCUGAAACUGAUGAUAUAAUUAUGUUUGAGGCAUCUGGAAUAAGAAUGUCUGAUGUUAAAACAAUGAUAGCUGCUUAUAGCAUUCGUUUCUCUAUUUCGGAUGUGGCACAGACGGCACUGGUACAUCUCGUUAGGACGUUAGCUGGCCCAUCAUUCAAACAUUGGAAUUGUAAUAUUUACGAAGUACAACAGGCAUACGAUCCACCUAGCGAUAUGAUAACUUAUAAUUAUUUUUGCACUACUUGUCACGCAACACUGCUACCACCUAUCUCAAAAAAACAGUUCAAGAAUGUAGUAAAAUUCUGCCCAAAAUGCAAGCAGCAACAUAAUCUGACUAUUAACUCGCUAAACUAUUAUUUAUCUGUUGAUUUGGAAUCGCAGAUAAAAACUUUAUUACACGAUAAGAAAGUAAGACAGACAUUAUUGCAUAAUUUAAAAAAAAUUGAAAAUAGUUAUCAAAGUAAUAGACCACAUUAUAUACGAGAUGUGUAUGACAGUACCAUAUAUGCGAAGUUAAAAUCUAGAACAAAGAGUGAUGACUCACACAUGCUAACGUAUAACUUCAAUACGGAUGGAGCUCCAAUAUUUAUAAGUUCAAAGAAGAGUAUGUGGCCAUUGCAAAUAAUUAUCAAUGAAUUGCCUGUUAAAAUGCGUUUUCGUAACAUUCUACUGGGUGCUUUUUGGGUAGGAGAGGUAGAACCAACACCAGCUAUGAUGAAUGCCUUUUUGAAGGAAUUCGUUGUUCAAGCAAAACACCUACAAUUGCAUGGAGUGCGUAUAGGGACUGAAAUAUUUCGAUUUUAUCCUUUCUGUUGCACGGUAGAUUCCGUUGCUCGACCAAUCAUACAAAACCGAAUACAAUUCAACGGCUAUUAUGGUUGUAGCUGGUGUUACACACAAGGAAAAUACUCCCAUAAAGCCAUACGAUACCCGUUAACGAAAGAAGACGAACUAAGAUGUCACAGUUCCCAUCUUCAAGACGUAGUUGACGCAACGAAAUUAGGGAAAGCAGUACGUGGCGUGAAAGGAUCGACUAUAUUGUUACAACUGGAAUAUUUUGAUUUUGUAUGGGGUUUUCCAAUAGAUUACAUGCACGGGGACUUAUUAGGUGUAACGCGCCAAAUGUUGGAUAUUUGGACAACACCAAAUUCGCCUGUAUACAUAAAUCCAAAAAUUUUGAAAAUUAUUGAUAAUAAUUUAGUACAUAUAACACCAGUGAAAGAAAUUCAUCGCAUGCCAAGGUCAGUAUCUCAGAGAUCAAAAUGGAAAGCUUCAGAGUGGCGAUCUUGGUUACUUUUUUAUUGUUUGCCAUGCCUGCAAGGACAUGUGCCAGAAAAAAUAAUGCAUCACAUGGCAUUAUUAGUUAAGAGCAUUUUUACUUUACUAAAAGAACUAAUAACUGAAAAUGAACUAAAAGAAU